AUGAUGCGAGUCUGCCGCCCGCAGCUGUUGCGGGUGUCACCGCUGCUGCGUGUGUGGGCUGCCGAGGAAGACGACGCCAAUGCCCCACCGACGACAUUUAAAAACGUUAAACCCGGCCGAUUGCUGCGACUCUGGCGACAGAUACGUCACCGCUCGUGGAUUGUUUAUACAUGGGACGAGGAAUGGACAAGUCCCGGGAGUGAGGGCUAUUUGCACCAGCAGCGGUUAGAGCAGGUGUGCUUUGCUCCGCUCUCUGCGUACGGCAUGGUGCCCGGAUCGUACUGCGACCCGUUGCUGUACAAUACGAAGCACACCUCACCGUUCCGCUGGCAUGUUGCAAACACUUCCUCAGACAUUGUGGGUCACUGGUAUAUGGAGGCGGAUGAGAUUUUCCGCAUCAAGGACUGGCAGCCAAAGAACCCGGAUGACCCAACGGAGAUGUUUCCACGACCACCGCAGCAGAUUUUAAAGUGGGACGAAACGGUGGAUGAGCACGGCAAUCGCACCUUCCGCUACAAGUACCGUUAUGACUUUAUGGGACCGACUGGCAUGUGGGAGGCAUACCCGCGAUACCCCUUCUCGCACAUUUACCUUAACGGACAGGAUCAUCAUGGUCGGGCAGAGGGCUACGGCUUUAAGCAAGGCCAUUUACUUCGCUGCAGUGAAGAGGAGGAGGAGGUGCUACGUCGUAUUAUGGAAGAGGAAGACAAGGAGUGGGAGAUGGUCAAACGGACAGAGGUGGUACAAGAACCAUGGUCGUACCCUGGGAAGAUCCGACCGCAGGACUUUAAAGGAGCAGUGGAGCGUGCCAAGGCGCGGUUCAGGGAACAGAUUAAACACGGCAAGGAAACGGACCCCAGCGAGGAUCCUGACUACGAUUUAGUGCAGGCGGGUGAAUUUGUGGAGCCGAGAGACGGUCCACGAGCGGAGUGGAGACACUUGUGGACAUCCAACCGUCCCAAAGGGGAGCCACUCCCGUACCAGGUCACAUUUAACGACGGCAUCACGUUUGAGGAUAAUGAAGGAAGGCCUCCUGUUCAUCCAGAAAGUCAUUACGAACAGACACCAAAGGAGGCACCAUACAAAAAGUAUGAGGAGCAGGACACAAAGGAGGAGGAAGAGGAACAGAAAAGGCGUAAGUCAGCAUGGGAUCAGUCAUUUAAGGAGUCUAUAGCCAAAUAUGAAGAGAGGUACGGUGUGGAGGCAAAAAAAGGGGAUUCUGACAAGAAAAGCUCCUCGGAUACCGGUAAGAGUAGUGGUGGUGGUGAUGGUUCCACUCCACCACCAUCAUCAUCUUCUUCUCAUGAAGGGCAAGACGGCAAAAAAUAA